AUGCAGAUAGGGCGGCAAACAGUUGCGGCUCAGCGGAACAGCGACGGAACAUCGAAGGGCUCAAACCAGCUGUCGAUCGGCGCCGACCUGUCGUUGAAGUUUCCGGCCGUUCGCACCGGUCACGCCGGCGUUUACUGGUGCGUCGUCAAGCUUUUCAACCGUCCCGCUUACAACCCGGGCUGCGCUUCGCCGUCGCUCAGCUCGCUACGCCUAACGCACCGAAAACCUGACGGGGUCCCGCCGGAGCGCAAUACCAGUUUUUUGGCGAUAACAGCGACGCGACGACGAAUCAGCGAUAAAGAGACAGUCGUUCACGUGAUCGGACGAUUACCAAGAAUCCAACGUUUGUCAUUGGCUGAAAUCGUCACUAAACUUUUUUUGUACACGGUGAAUGACCAACUGGACAACUGGAGGCCUGGCCUAGGCCUUGAGGUUGGUCGGUCGGUCGGUCAUCUUGGAGAAGGAGACCCCGGCGUUGGCCCAUGUCCACUUUCGCGCUGCGUUUUUCAUGUUCGUCGCUCGCUGUCGCUCUUCACCGCCGACGUGAAUCUGGUUUCAUGCUCGAAGUCGUCGUCACCGGUCACCGGCUUACCUCACCUCGUCACGGUACCGUCCCGGGAUGUGUUCAAGAUGCUCAACGACAGUCUGGAGCUGCUCUGCGACGCCGUCGGUACACCCACGCCUAGCAUACAAUGGCUUAAGACGGUUCUAUCAUUCGAAGAUGAUCAGAAAAACACAGACCAUCUGGCACACGUCGGGCGAAACUCUGCAGCGGAUGUGUUCUGUUCAAAACACAGUGCUCGAGACUCGGGAUCUGGCGGUAAGCCGCGCUCAGAGGUAACGAGAGGAGGUCAGAUGGCUGCCGUCGCUGUGAGUAGCUGCAGCCGCGGCGCGGACCGAAGGACAUUAAUCAUCACCGUCCCGACGACAUGUGGGUUCACCGCCGGUACGCGCCACCGGCAAGAAGCCAUCAAUAAAGCGCAGGCGUGUCUGACGGCUGCGUUACAGGUUCGCCAGCGACGCUGA